UAGAGGGUAGGUUCUGGGCGUCUGAAUGAUUGGGGUUUUAACUAUAGUUUAUAACAAGUUAGUUUUUUGUUUAAAAAAAAAAAAAACAUUUUAUAUAGAAUAUAUCGUUACCUUUCACUUGAAGAUGCCUCCUUCAGCGGCUGGUGCCGAAGACAGUAAAGCCUUUGUGAGGAAGAUGUUGAGAGAAGUGCUGGUGGGUCGCGAGGAUCCAGAAGGGUUUUUUGCGGUGUGUGUGUCCGUCCUGGGGCACCAGGAGACCCGUUCACGGUUCCUGUCCCUCAUCCAGCCUCUGUCCACGGCCAACAGCUCCCUGCACUCCACCCUGACCUCCAUCUACAGGGAAUAUUUCUCUAAGACUGAAGAUGAUGAAUUGGAACUUGCACUGGCUCUCUCCGUACUGGAAAUGAAAGAUCACCAGCUGUCAACUCCCAGUCAACAGUCCCGACUUCAGCAGCCUGGAGACAGUCCGAAUCAAAGCAGCUGUGUUCAGCUGACCUCAGUAUCUCAACCUCAGGGAAGCAGCCACACCCAGUUAGCAGAUGUUGCUGGCAGGAGAAAAAACACCCACUCAGCACAAACUGGACCCUGGGGCAUGGUGUGCCCACCACAGACAACCCAAGAGACUGAGCUUCAGAAAAGCACACAUGUUGACAAACAUGAUAAAGAGACACCAGGGACAAGUAAAACUGUGUGUGUGUCCAGAACAUAUGCCUCAUUUUCCAAACAAGGAACAGUUAAAGAAGGAGAACAAAUGAUCGAAGAGGGAGAUUUGAAUCAAUCGGAGAAACCAAAACGCUCCAAGAACAGGCGACAGCGGCGUAAAGGGAGUGGCCAGCAGGUUGUAGGUUUGCCCUGCUCUCCGUCAGCACCAGCACCGGUACUGCUGUGGUUUAGGAGGGAUUUGCGACUGUGUGACAAUCCUGCUCUUGUUGGCUCAUUGGAGGUAGGAGCACCUGUCAUCCCUGUCUUCAUCUGGAGCCCUGAAGAAGAGGAGGGACCCGGGAUUACUGUGGCUGUUGGGGGAGCCUGUAAAUACUGGCUUCAUCAAGCUUUGUCUUCUUUCUGUUCAUCUCUGGAGAGCAUUGGCAGCCAUCUUGUCUUCCUCAAGGCAAAUGGAGAGGGAAACAGGAUGGAAUCUUCUCUGCAGACCCUUAAGGAGCUGAUAAAGGAGACCGGGGCGAGAACAGUGCUGGCUAAUGCCCUAUAUGAGCCCUGGCUGAAGGAGAGAGAUGACAUGGUGGUGUCAGCCCUGAAGAGAGAUGGUGUUGAAUUCAGGAUGCACCACUCUUACUGUCUCAGAGACCCUUACUCUGUCAGCACGGAGGGUGUGGGACUCAGAGGAAUAGGUUCAGUGUCUCACUUCAUGAGCUGCUGUAGACAGAACCCAGGGUCUGCAUUAGGAGUUCCUCUGGACCCUCCAGUAUCUCUCCCUACAUCUGCACACUGGCCUCAGGGUGUCUCUUUGGACACACUAGGGCUGGCACGCAUGCCCCACAGGAAGGAUGGCACAACGAUUGACUGGGCAGUUAACAUUCGUAAGUCCUGGGAUUUCAGUGAGAAAGGAGCACAUGCCAAGCUCGAGGCCUUUCUUCAUGAUGGUGUAUAUAGAUAUGAAAAAGAGUCAGGCAGGGCGGAUGCUCCAAAUACCAGCUGUCUGUCUCCCUACCUUCACUUUGGUCAGCUCAGCCCACGCUGGCUAUUGUGGGAUGCUAAAGGGGCACGCUGUCGACCCCCAAAGUUCCAACGCAAACUGGCCUGGAGAGAUUUGGCCUAUUGGCAGCUAACUCUGUUUCCUGACCUCCCCUGGGAGUCCCUCAGACCUCCAUACAAGGCUCUGCGGUGGAGCAGUGAUCGUGGUCACCUGAAGGCCUGGCAGCGUGGUCGGACAGGCUACCCUCUGGUGGAUGCAGCCAUGAGGCAGCUGUGGUUGACAGGCUGGAUGAACAACUACAUGAGACAUGUGGUGGCGUCUUUCCUCAUAGCGUACCUCCAUCUGCCCUGGCAAGAUGGAUACCGCUGGUUCCAGGACACCCUAGUGGAUGCAGAUGUUGCCAUAGACGCUAUGAUGUGGCAGAAUGGGGGCAUGUGUGGUCUGGACCACUGGAACUUUGUCAUGCACCCCGUAGAUGCAGCAAUGACCUGUGACCCCUACGGCAGCUAUGUUAGGAAAUGGUGCCCUGAACUUGUGAAUCUGCCCGACGAGCUUAUUCAUAAACCCUGGAAAUGUCCUGCGUCUAUGCUUCGACGUGCAGGUGUGGUGUUUGGCCAGACAUACCCUGAGCGAAUAAUUACAGACCUGGAGGAGCGAAGGAGUCAGUCUCUGCAAGAUGUAGCCUUGGUGCGAAAAGAGUUUGGACAGUAUGUGGACAAGCGCACAGGCUGUGACUUGGUGCCUCUGCCCCCACGGCUCGUCUCAGAGGCCCUGGGCCUGUCACACAGGGAUGGUGGUGCAGUGGCUGAAGGGAAGCAGUUCCUGUUGCCUGUUAUCACCCGCAUGGAAUUCAAACACCAGCUCGAAGAUCCGGAUGCAGACGCCGCCUCAAAUCCCUACAAUGCUGUUCUAAAGGGGUAUGUGAGCCGCAAAAGGGAUGAGACCAUUGCCUUCCUUAAUGAGAGAGACUUUACUGCUAGUGUAAUGUACGAGGGAGCACAGAGAAAGGAGAGGCUGGAGAGUGACUAUCGCAGAAUGGAGGGACUGCCCCGGCCUCCUGCGCCUCGGGGCAGAGCCAGACGAACUCCAACAGCCAAGGACAGGUUCUCUAUAGUACCUGGUGGGGCGGUCGCUUCACUCAGGUGACUCAGAGGUCAUGACUUUAAGUUUAUAGGUUUUAAGAAGACAGUUACUAGCCUUAAAAUGCAAACAUAAAAAUGUUACAGGAAAAAGCCUUUGUGAGUUUGUGAAAGGGUUGCAAAAAACUCUUAACAUUUUUUACACUAUUGAAUACAGUCUCAGGUAUUAAUUGUAUUAUAGUAUCCUCUGUAAAAAAAAAAAAUGCUGGUUCAGGUUAGCCAGUAUACUUUCUUUCCUAAAGGUCUGUAUUUUCUUUAUCAUGAAAUCUUGAGGUAACUAUGCACAUCCGGCGUAAAGUAUUACAAAAAGUGGCAUUUACUAUUUCUCAGCAGAUCAUUUUCAAAAUAUAUGCCUAUUUUACAGUUUACAAGCUGAUGGAAAGAGCAUCAGAAAUGCUGAGAUUUAGUUGUCAGUGUGUGUAUCAAAAGUCUAUAAUCAACUUUGGAUUCAUUUUUCUGAACUUUUGAAAAUAAAAAAUGAGGUAGGCA